AUGCAUUUCACAAAUCUUUUAGCACUCGCGCUGUCGCUCGCUUCCGCCGAGGCCGCCCACAAGGGCUUCAACUACGGUGCUGCAAAGUCCGAUGGUAGCCACAAGGUCCAGGCGGACUUCGAGGCGGAGUUCAAGACCGCCAAGAACCUCGAGGGCACCUCCGGCUUCAACAGUGCCCGUCUCUACACCAUGAUCCAAGGUGGUACCGCCAAUGAGCCCAUCUCCGCCAUUCCGGCCGCCAUCGCCCAGGAAACUUCCCUUCUGCUGGGUCUCUGGGCCUCCGGUGGAGGCAUGGACAACGAGAUUGCGGCCCUGAAGAACGCCAUCGCUCAGUAUGGCGACGCCUUCACCAAGCUGGUCGUCGGUAUCUCCGUCGGCAGUGAGGAUCUCUACCGCUACUCCUCGGAGGGCGCCAAGGUCGACGCGGGCAUUGGAAUCGGCCCUGACGAGCUGGCCUCCUACAUCAAAAAGGUUCGCGCCACUGUCCAGAACACCGGCCUGAGCCAUGUGUCCAUCGGUCACGUCGACACCUGGACUGCCUGGACCAACGGCUCCAAUGCCGCCGUUAUCGACGAAGUCGACUGGCUGGGUUUCGACGGCUACCCCUACUUCCAGAGCACCAUGCAGAACUCCAUCGACGACGCCAAAAAGCUGUUCGACGACUCCGUGGGGAAGACCAAGGCCGCUGCAGGUGGCAAGGAGGUCUGGAUCACCGAGACCGGAUGGCCCGUCAGCGGCUCCAAGCAGAACCUCGCCGACGCCAACAUUGAGAACGCCAAGAGGUUCUGGGAUGAGGUCGGAUGCCCUCUCUUCGACAACGUCAACACCUGGUGGUACAUCCUGCAGGACGCUGCCCCAACCACCCCCAACCCUAGCUUCGGGCUCGUCGGCAGCCAGCUGACCACCAAGCCUCUGUACGACCUGACUUGCCCCGGCUCCUCGAAGAACUCCAGCAGCGCCUCCUCCGGCUCCUCUUCGACCAAGGCUGCCGGCUCCGGCGGCUCGGCUACUGGCUCUCCCUCCACUCCCACCGGUGCCGGUGGCUCUAAUGGCCACUCUCGUCCUCUGCCUCCCUUCGGUAAGGGCGGUUUCAACUACACCCACGGCUACAACAAUUCCUUCCCCCAACCUUCCCACCGUGCCACCAAGACUGCCAGCUUCACCUCUUCGCCCACCAAUGGUGGUUCCGGUUCGAACGGUGGCAAUGGCAAUGGCAACGGUAACGGUAGUGGUAAUGGCAGUGGCAGCGGCAGCGGCAGCGGCAGCGGCAGUGGCAGUGGCAGUGGCAGUGGAAGUGGCAGUGGAAGUGGCUCGGCUUCCGGUUCGGCCAGCGCUCCUUCGUCCUCGAUCCCCCUCUCCAGUGGUGCUAGCAGCCUGUCCGGCUCGAUCUUCGGAGCUGCGGUUGCUAUUGCUGUCUUCGUGGCCGCUCUGUAA